AUGGCCAAGUUCUCAGUGUCACCGGCGACUCUCUCGCCUCUACGAACAACUCUCUCAACACCAUGCUCACGAACCCGCCUGUCCCUCGGCCAAGUCCGUCAUGCCACAUUUAUUCCUCGACCACGCCGACCAUACACAUUCACCCAGCUCGUCACUCUAUCUGACGGCUCUGCAUACACCAUGCGAACGACUUCACCAUUGCCCAUUUACCGCGCUACAAAGGACACACGCAACACAUUGUUGUGGCAGCCAUCUGAGAAGUCACUCAAGAACGUCGAGCUCGAUGAGGCUGGUAAACUUGCUGCUUUCCGAGAACGCUACGGCCGUGCCUACGAUGCUUCUCAUGCUGAGGAGGGUGAAGGUGCUGCCGAGACAGCUGAUGAAGGUUAUGCGGACCUUAUCACCGGAUAUGCGCCAACACAAGAUGCGAACGCUAUGAGGGAUUCAGGACCUAAGAAGCAGGCUAAGAAAAGAAAGUAA